ACCCGGCUCGUACUACACUCACCUCGGGGCGGCCGCGAGCCUGCCCGACCUACGGAACGAUCUUGAACGAAGAACUGGCCUUAAGGGAAACGCCAUUAGAUUCGAAAAGGUGAUCUACACGGGAAAGGAGGGGAAAACCACCCAGGGAUGUCCGAUGGCUAAGUGGAUAAUCCGACGAUCCGGUCUGGAGGAGAAGAUUCUGACCAUAGUGAAACACCGGCAAGGACACAAGUGCCCGACAGCCUGGAUAGUGGUCGCGAUGGUUGCCUGGGAAGGCGUGCCGACCCAUGAAGCCGAUCGGAUCUAUUCGUUGUUGAGUCACAAACUGAACCGAUUCGGCCUGCCUACCACCAGAAGAUGCGGGACUAACGAGCCGAGAACCUGCGCCUGCCAGGGCCUCGACCCCGACACGUGCGGCGCGAGCUUCUCCUUCGGCUGUUCUUGGUCCAUGUAUUAUAACGGCUGCAAAUACGCCAGAAGCAAAACCGUCCGUAAAUUUCGACUGUCAGUACGAUCGGAGGAGCAAGAAGUCGAAGAAAGAAUGCACGUCCUGGCGACGCUAUUGUCGCCUCUUUACCUCAGCCUUGCACCAGAAGCCUUCAACAAUCAAACACAGUUCGAACGCGAAGCAAGCGAAUGCCGUUUAGGAUUCAAGCCUGGCCGACCGUUUUCCGGCGUUACAGCCUGCAUCGACUUCUGCGCGCACUCUCAUCGUGACCUUCAUGACAUGAACAACGGAUGCACUGUAGUGGUAACGCUGACGAAACACCGGACUUUAUCUAAACCUGAAGAUGAACAGUUACACGUACUACCUCUUUACAUAAUGGAUACCACUGAUGAGUGCGGGUCGAAGGAAGGACAGGACGAGAAGGUUCGCGCUGGACACGUAGAAGUUUUAACGAAAUAUCCCUGUGAAGUGAGAGUCCGAUCGGUUCCCCUCCAACCAUGCCGGCGCCACGGGAAGAAGCGAAAAGAAGACGAGCCGGAUACGGUGAGCAACAAGAAAGACAACUCAAAGGGCGGCAACGAGAAAACACCAGAUCCGGCACGUGUACCUGGCCACCAAGAUCCUGCUAGGUCUCAAAUGAGGGAUCCACAGCUGUCCCUGGAAAUGGCGUCGAUGUUUGAGGGGAUGGACGCACAGUUACAGAGCUCUCAGGUGUCCUCGACGGUUCUGGACAGUCCUGUGUCGAUGUAUCAAGGUUGGGGCUACCAGAACGAGCAGCAGUGGAGCAGGAACGGUUGGCUCGACCAACGAAAAAACAACUGGUUGAAUCCGUGGGGCGAGUACUCAUUCGGCGGAUUAGACCGAGACACAAAGGUGGACCCGGAUAGCACCAGUCUGGACGACAUAAGACCUAGAAGUGCGGUAUCCCAAGAAGAACAUCGACCGGGCUCUAGAAAUUUACCAAAUUCCACCAUGGAUUCGCCUAGGAACUGCUACCCGCAUUCGCCCAGAGCACACCCGGUAUCACCUAGAAGUUCACACGCGGGUACACCGGGUGAUCCAUACACCAUGUCGCCCAGAGGUUGUCCACCAACACCGCAGGACCAAAGAAUGACGUCACCAAGGAGCUCGUACCCAGAGACAAGUUACCCGCCGUCCAGGAACUAUCAAAACAUGUAUGAUAACAGACAGAGUAACGCAUCUCCUAAGACUGGCUCGUAUCCGCCUCACCUGGACCAAAGGGGCGGACACCUGAUUCGAUCCAAUCAACCACACGGCUGUGCACCGAAUAAUUUCCGGAACAUCGGACAAGCUUGCGACCAAACGAAACCACCGUUCCCGAAGCCACCGCAAGAUUCUAGUCACAAGUAUCCCGUGUCGCAGAUCAAUUACCUAGAGGCUCCUAAGUCGCAGGCUGAAGCUUCGUUCGCGAACAGGAUUCAGGGCCACUACCCUACAGCCCAUGCUGUUCAACCAGCCAGGAACUUCCCGUUUCAGGGUCAGCACAACGACCAUAGCGACGCGUUCACCGGCGGUCUCUCAGUGUCCUCCUGUAUGGACGGGAACGCUAGUCACAAGCCGUUCGGUGCGGCUAAUCCAGAUCUCCUGUUGCACGCCUCUGCACACCUGCCCAGUAAUCAAGCGACUGAUCCUCAAGGUUACGUGGAUCAGAGGAAGUAUCGUCAACAGAAGCCAGAACAGAAGCUUGGGAUGAAUCAGAUGAUGUCACCAGCACCGUCUGAUCACGUGGCAGGAGGCGGAGCGGGUGGAACAGGGGGUUGGAACAUGCUGGGCGGUUGGUAUCCGGAUCAGGCCAGAUCCUACGAUCAACAACAAAGUUACGGGAACCAGGCGCACGUCGAGAGGAAUCAUCAAACUCCAAUCGAUCAUCAGAAAUCAUUGAAUUGGAACGACAGAAUGCAACAACCGGAUCAAUCGAAGCAGCACAGUUGGGAGCCACCGUCCGACCCUUCGCCAUUCCGGGUACCUAAGGGCAGACCUCCGUCGAGGACCGCGUCCAACCAAAAUCCGACAACUGACAAUACAUAUCAGAACUCCUCUAACAGGACGUUCCUCAAGCCCCAGGACCCGGCGCGGAAUGCAUAUGCUGAUAGUCCCAGUAAUCACGUGCAGAGCAGCGGCAUGCAUCCAAGCAACAACAAUCAGAGGAGACCGGACUGGCCAGAGGAGAAGAUGAAGGAGGGAUUCCACGAGGCCAGACAGAACGCCGGGAACCCGAACUGCUGUCCGUGGCCCGAGGAGAUGAAACAGGUGCAGGACUUCCAUGCAAUGCCCGGCUUGGGACACCCCCACGCUUCCUUCCCCCAGUACGGGUAUCCCACCUAUCCAGUGUUCGACAAACCAUAUUCAAACUCCUGGGAAGGCUACAACUACCAUCAACCGUAUCACGCGCAAACGGCGGAGUAUCCGCCUCAGUUCUACCAGCAACCAAAGAGAGAAGCGUGCUUUCCCCCGGCACAGUACUCCUAUCAAGGAGUGCCCCCGUAUCAGAGCCUGAACCCUAGCUGGGCCAGGUGGGACACUCCUCGAUGGGACAUUUACGGGCCACCACCGUACUUCCCGGUGAUACCAGAACCGCCUCCAAAAGCGGAGCCGCUGGGAGAGGUGGCCGACUACUCGGACAACGAAGAAUGUUUCAAGGACUCUCAAAUGGGCGGUGUCGCGAUAGCACUUGGCCAUGGUAGCGUGUUAUUUGAGUGCGCGAAACACGAGAUGCACGCGACCACGGCCCUGAAGAAGCCCAAUCGCCUCAACCCCACCAGGAUCAGCCUGGUGUUCUACCAGCACAGGAACCUGAACAGACCUAAGCACGGUUGGGACGAAUGGGAGGAGAAGAUGCGACUGAGGAAGCUAGGAGUGACAACCACAGCUGCCACUACUAGUACCAAUAGCUCUACGACCGCGUCGCAGCCUUCAACACCGUCUACACCGACCAGUCCCGCGACCACCACCGAAAAGUCCGCACCAGUCCCACAUGUGCCGAACGUUCCCAGCUCGCAGUUCAUGAUGAGAUCGCCUACAUACACCACGAUGACCUGGACCACGCUGUUCCCGAUGCACCCGUGCAUGAUAACCGGCCCGUAUCAGGAAGGGGGCGCCAUCGGAUGAGUGAUCGUCGGUGGCUACGGUUCGAGCCGUCGAUGAUGAACCGUGCCGUGGAUCGAUCGAUCUCGAUGAACCCUCCAGAUCCCACGGAGGUGGACGCGUCGUCGCGGGACGGCUGACACAGUUCCGAAUAAAAGAGGAUUCGAAGCAGAGGAUGAGAACACAUGGGUACUUCUCCCGGAGGGAUCAAAAGAAGCAUCGUCGAGAAAGCAACGAUGAAGCAACGUUGUUAUAGUUGUGGCACCGAGGCGGGAGAUAUAGAAACACAGAAACGACACACACACUGUUUGCACUGCCAUUUUUCUAUUUCACGUUUUAUCGGGGAGAGCGCCGCGAGGUUCAAUGGACCGCCGGGGGAGACGACCGAAACGAAGAGAAAAAAACGAAGAAAAUACGAGGACGGGUACACACAGAGCGGAGUUUUAAAUAUCGGGGCUUCCCAUUUUUUGAUAUAACGAAUCUUUUACACGAAUCGUGAGAGGUGAGAGAUCGGGCAAUUAAGAUUGGACGGACGGUCGUCGUCGUCGUCGAUGUCGCCGUAGAGAUUCAGCUUCCGGGACGCUCCUCGUAAAGAGGAUAAAGAGCGGGAUGCAGUCAUGAUGACGGAGAGACAGCUUUCAACGGAUACUGCGAGGAACAAGCUCUGCUCGAGGUCGAUCCACGGUAACCGGACGAUAAUUAAUGCCGGACGCGAUUUGCUAAUGCGGAUUAGACUUCGACAGGGUGGAUGAUGAUGAUGAUGAUGAUGAUGAUGAUGAUGAUGAUGAUGGUGAUGAUGAUGAUGAUGAUGGUGAUGAUGAUGAUGAUGA